AGAGCAUCAUAAAUAAUAUUAUAUUUGAUUUGGAAAAAUUAUAUUAAAACAUGAAGUUAAUUUUACUACUGGUGGCGUCGGCAGCUUAUAUAUGCAGUACCGGUGCUCAAGAGUACAAGCUUGUAUGGGCCGACGAGUUCAAUGGGGCCGGCGUUUUGAAUGACUGCGAGUGGAAGUACGAGAUGGGAGGCGAUGGUUGGGGUAAUAAUGAGUUGGAGUUCUACACAUCGCACCGACCGGAGAACGGCCACCAAGAGAAUGGAAGUCUAGUGAUCCGAGUGAAUGUGGAGCCCAGUGGGUAUGGGGGCCGACAGUUCACCUCUGUCCGUGCCAUCACAGCCAAGGCCUGGACGUACGGCAAGUUUGAGGCCAGAGCUCGACUCCCGAAAGGCAAACAGUUGUGGCCGGCCAUCUGGAUGAUGCCUCAGAACAGCUACUACGGGAUCUGGGCUGCGUCGGGUGAGAUAGACCUGAUGGAGAACAGGGGCACUCAGAACAACGUGAUUCAGGGCAGUAUCCACUACGGAGGCACGUGGCCUAACAACCAGUACAGCGGGUCGGGCGAGAAGGAGUUCGCCGGCAUUGACUUCAGCCGCGACUUCCAUACGUUUACCUUCGAGUGGGAGAAGACUGAGAUGCGAUGGUCUCUGGACGGCAAGGUAUACCACACCGAGAAUAUAAACAAGUCCAUGUGGUCGGGCAAGGGAGUCAACCCAUACACCGCCAAUGGGCAGCCAUUUGACAGACCCUUUUUCUUUGUGAUCAACAUUGCGGUAUCAGGCAGCUUUUUCCCCGCUGAUAAGUACGGACCUCCGGUAACCGUCGAUGAGGCCAAGAAGUGGGAGAAGCCUACCAUGGAGAUUGACUACCUGCGCGUGUAUCAGAAAUAAUAAUUUCCCCCCUAGUUGCUGGACACUUUUGUCGUAUAGGGC